CGAUGAAAGGAGACUAGAUGCCACAUAGUAACAACAAUAAUAACAUGUUACUCUCACUGCGCUUCGAGUUGACUUUUUUUUGUUUUUCUUUUUUUUGCUUUAGUUUCUAUACAUUUUCACAGUAUUCGCAAGAUUUUGUGCGUUGUUCAUAUAUAUAAAAAGGUGUUGAUAGGAAAAUACCAUAUAUAUAUAUAUAUAUAUGUUUUCAUACGCACAAUACAUAGAAAAAGGAACAUAAUAACAUAGCAUAAUUACAUGAAUAGCAAACUCUAACAGUGAUUUUUAUAAGAAAAGAAAGAAAAGAAUGAAAUGUGAGAUCAAAAGUAAAACGAACGGAGAGAGAACAACGCUAAGCCGUUCUUAAUAAAUAUGUGCGUGCAGCAAGCUAAGCAGCAAUCAAUCUGACAAAGUAUUCCCUCAAUUUUUGGAAGAAAAUUUGGAGAAAAAAGAAACAAAAAAAAAAAAAGCGGGAACACAUAAGGAAUGCGCACAAUCUCGAAGCUACAAAAUAUUUCCUCUCCCGACAUACGACGAUCAGAGUUGUAUUCUUAUAGCAAUAUAAGAGGCAAACAGCUGAUUAGAGAUGUUGUUGCAGAUUGUAUACAGAUAACCUGCGAAACAAGUUUCUUCAAUUUUCACAAUGGAACGAAUUCUAAUGUUAAAGUAUAAUAUAUUUUAAAAUAGCCGGUAAUAUUUUUUUUUUUUUUUCAAUUGAUAUGAAUAUCUGAAUAUAUACUAGACAUGAUAACUUAAAUGUUUAUUUAACGAAAUGCUAAAUUUGCAACUUCUACAAUAGAGGUCAAUAUCACUGAUGCAAUGACAACGACAACGACAACGACGACAACAACAGCAACACCUGCUCAUUUUGAUAUGUAACAGUUAUAAAUACUUGAAAAACGGGUACAUGUAUCAGUUAAGCUCUUCGUAAGUUUUUCUAGGAAAAAGAUGCGUAUAUUUAACCGCAGAUAAAGCUACACACACAAAAAGAACGAAACUGAUCACAGUACUGCCAGCGUAAAGAUUUUGUCCUUAUUUUAUACUUAUUAUCUUUUUAAAUUGCUUCCCUUACACUUGCAAUUUGUGACUUUUAUAGCAAAUGGCAAUAUUGAGACAGAUUAGUUCUACCAGCUGUUUCUCUAAAUAAUAGUUAAUUAUAUUACUUAAAUUCUCAAAACCUAAAAAAAAAGGCUUUAAAAAUGCAAGUCAAUUUAGGUAAAAUAUUUAAAAACCUACAAACGAGAGGGAGUAAGUGGUAUUCUACGAAACCUAAAAGCGGUGUCGAAUUAAAGGCUCUUGCUCAGUCAUUGUCUAGUAAGGGGUUUUUAAGGCCAUAUAAACAGUAUGUUCCACCGGAAAAUGUAGCCGACCAAGUUAAGAAUAUAUGCUUAUCUCUGCAAUUAUCAAGCGAACCCAAAUAUAAGCUUGCAAAUCUGGAUGAGAAAUUUAAAUUUUUAAAAUCGUGCUUUACAGAUUUUAAACAUUCGGUACCUAAUUCGAAAUUACACGAAUUAAAGACUAUUGGUGACGUUAUUCGGUUCUACAAGACUCCGGUGAACACAACUGUGUCGUACGAUGUCUUAAAACAAAUAAAAUUGCCUGAGAACCUGCAUAUACAAUACGACUAUGUACGUUUUCACCCAGAAACCGAUACCAAAUUUAACGGCCAAACAGCUUUUCCAAAAAGUUCCACUUUAGUUACUGGUCUUAAGUAUCGUGGUAGAUACGAGGGCCAUGAAGCUAAGCGUUCGUGGCCUUAAAAUGAAGAUAAUUUCAAGUUUCUUUUUGUUCAAUAUAUAUUGUUGUAUUUAAUUAAAAUUGUCUUAAAAUUUCAUUAA